UGUGGAAAUGACCAAAAAUGGUCCCUUGCCAGAUAAAGGGUUAAACAUUAGAAUGACACAAACUCAACCUGUUCGGUAAAGUUUGGAUCCGAGGAAACCCUGAAAUCUUCAGUGAAUGAAGCCUUCAGAGGAAACUCCACUAGUAACUCAAACAGGAAGUGAAUACCUGGGUGUGAAACCUAUUGAUCCACAUUCUGUCAAACAGUUUUGAUUGUGAAAUGUUUGGUUCCUCAGAUUAGAGAAUAGAGUCUUGGAGUGAACUCUUUCCAGACUCUUCAGUCCAAAGCUGCUCAGCCUGUUUUCCAUUCUAUUCCAGAAGGUUCUUAGGUGGAAACGGUCCACAGUGGAGCUCAGUGGAAGCGGUCCAGUCACACCUGUGUGCUUCUGAAGCCUGGGUACCUUCAGUCCCGAGGACAUUCAACUACAACUGUGGACUUUGUGCAGGAAGAUGAAAGUGUUGGUGGUGGUUGGGAUCCUCAUCCACGUUUCCCAGCAUGCAUUGGCUGUAGUGGUGCAGGCGUAUGAGGGGAUGGAGUCGGUCCUGCUGCCCUGCCAGUAUUCUGGCUUGUUACCAGACGUUCCUUCAGUGGUUUGGAGACGCUCUGGUCUCAAUGAAACAGUCAUUCACCUGAUUAAAGACGAUGUCAAAGAGGAAUACCGUUACAGUGAGCACACGUCAAUGAAGACCAACGCUCUGGACUCUGGAGACUUCAGCCUCACUCUGAAGAAACCACAACAGUCUGACAGCAGCAGCUACACCUGUAACCUCCAAUGGGAAGACAGGGGGAAGAAGACUAAAGAAUGGAGACUGACACAAGUACAGCUGCAGGUCAAAGAUGACCAGGAGAAGGUGGAGGUCCUGCAGGGGGCGGAGUCUAUCCAGCUGCCUUGUAAAGCCUCAGCCAAUCUGCCUGAAGACACCACAGUGGACUGGACUCACUUUGUUCCACAACUGAUGGUGGUUCAUGUGUACCGGAAUAAAACUGAUGAUCUUCAAACACAGGACAGGUAUUACUGUGGCCGCACAGAGAUGAACAGAGACAUGAGUCUGACUCUGAAAUACCUCAGAGACAGAGACGAAGGUGUGUAUAUCUGCACCGUCUACAGGGAAGGAGACAUCCUGAGGUCUAAAGUCCUGCUCCAGAUGGUCGAAGGUUUUCCAGCCUGGGCCAGAGCUCUCCUGGUUGUCUUUGCUGUUCUUCUUCUAAUCCUUCUUGGACUUUUAUUUAUUUUUCGAGGGUAUUUUCUGUCAGUCCAACAGGUGAAGGUGGAUUCAGGGGAGGAGUCUGUCCUGCUGCCAUGUAAAACUAUAGCUCACCUGAUAAAGAACUCCAGACAGAUCAGCGUUAUGUGGAGGGACUUAGACAACGAUAGGCUCAUUGUGCAAAAGUACGGCUCUGGAGAACCUGAUAAACAGGACCAGGAUUACACAGACAGAACAGAGAUGAAGACACACUGUCUGAGAACUGGAGACUUCAGUUUAACCCUGAAAAACCCAACGGCCCGGGACACCAACAGCUAUGUAUGCAUCAUCUACAACAAAAACAAGGUCCUAAAGGAAAAACAAGUGGUGCUGGAGGUCAAAGUCCAACAGGUGGAGGUGGAGGAGGGGGAGGAGUUUGUCCUGCUGCCCUGGAAAACCACAUUACAUAUAGAGAACGCCAGUCAGCUCGCAGUGGAGUGGACGAACUAUGAAAACAGGAAGGUGCAUGUGUAUGAGGACGGCUCUGACAGAACUAAUAAACAGGACAAUGAAUACCAAAACAGAACAGAGAUGAAAGCAGACCGACUGAGAACUGGAGACCUCAGUCUGACCCUGAAACACCCCACAGACCACGAUACUAACAUCUACACCUGCACCGUCUACAACAGAGACAAGCAGAUCCUGAGGAGGAAACAAAUGCAUCUGAAGGUCAAAGUCCAACAGGUGGAGGUGGAUUCAGAGAAGGAGUCUGUCCUGCUGCCCUGGAAAACCACAGUCUUCGUCAGUCAGGUCACAGUGGAGUGGACAGUCUAUAACAGGAAGGUCCAUGUGUAUGAGGACGGCUCUGACAGAACUAAUGAACAGCACAAUAUAUACAGAAACAGAACAGAGAUGAAAGAAGACCCACUGAGAACUGGAGACCUCAGUCUGACCCUGAAACACCCCACAGACCACGACACUAAGAUCUACACCUGCACCGUCUACAACAGAGACGAGCAGAUCCUGAGGAGGAAACGAGUGCGUCUGGAGGUCAAAGUUCAACAGGUGGAGGUGGAGGAGGGGGCAGGGUCAGCCCUGCUGCCCUUCAGAACGACCCCUGACCUGCCUCAGGACGCCAGAGUGGAGUGGACGUACUAUACUCCUGACCAGGAAUACAUAUGUGUCCAUGUGUAUGAGAAGGAGUCAGCUCAACUUGGUGAACAGGACGAUAGAUACAAAAACAGAACAAAGAUGAAUGAAGACCCAUGGACGACUGGAGACUGCAGUCUGACCCUGAAUGACCUCCAACAGGACAACUCUGGAAGAUAUGUAUGUGAAGUCAUCAGACAUGGAGUCCUCCUGAGAAUGAAAACAGUGGUGCUGAAGGUCAAAGGUCAGAGUUCAGUUGCAGGACAGAGGUCAGGUGUGUCUCUGUGCUGUGUCUCAUCUGCAGACAGAUCUCAGAUCACAUAUCAGUUUCCUCCAGUAAGAGAAGAUGCAGAAGCUGAAGCAGCUGUUUGAUUGUUCUGUUGUGUGUGUGUUUCUAUUUAUCAAGUCCAACUACAAAACUGAGGCUUGAUCUUAUUCCUCUUGAACAUAUGAAACAGGUAAAUACAAUAGAAACGUACACACUUUAAAGCACUCAAACUGUGCUUUUACACUCUUCAUUAUUGUAUUUCUUGUGUUUGUUGCUCUGUGAUGACAGUCUGUCCUCCAAACCAAAGAAAAUGCAAACAAUCAAAUCCAAACCACUGCAGCAAAAUCCAGCAAAUGAACACUGUCAAAGAGGAUGGAUUUCACAACAGGAUGAUGAUGUGAACUCUAUCUGUAAAUCCACCAUGGACAACCUCGGAGACUCCAGCUGAAGGUUUUGAACGCACCUCACAGUCCCAGACUGGAACAUCAGUGAAAAUCUGUGGGUAGGUCUGUCACAGGGGGAUUUAAUGUGGCCAAAGCUUCAGAUAUAUUUAGUUAUAGUUGGUGUCCAUUUUGGUUUCCCUGUUUUGUUUAAUGGUUUGGCCAAGUAACUACAGGGUGUCCCAUAAGUCUCCAUAGAUAGGAAAAAUAAAUGUUUCUUGACAUAAACCAUUUUUAUUUAUAUAAUAUGCUCUAUAUGACUGCCAUUUUGUCGGGAACACAUUUCAAUGCGUGUCCUCCACUGCUGAAGAACUAUAAAGAAGAAAUAUAAAGAAAUACAUGUUAGAACUGUGGGAACCUGAGUAAUUAAUGUCAAUGUUAACGAACACUGGUCACCCCCCAUUAUUAUUUUGUUUAAUUGUUUUAUUAUUUACAGUAGCAGCUAUCAUAUGUUAGGCAUAUUUUUGGGCACGCUAAUAUAGUUUGAUACAGGCAUCGUGGGGGCGGUGGUCCGGAGGGGGUCCUCAGGUGGAACAGGAAGAGAAUCAUGGGGAGUUAGCAGAAAAAAAUGUCUGAAGUGUAUGUGUAAUGUGCUGCACGGAAAUAAGUAAAACUUUUUGGGAAAAACUCAUGCACACCUGGAACUCAGUUUGUGUCCGAGUGUGCAACAGAACCAUAUAUGUAUGGAAUGUAUUAUGUCUCCUAUGUAUGGAGACUUAUGGGACACCCUGUAUAUAUGCUCCCCCUGUGUCUCCUUUUGGUGGGUCCGUUUUUGUCGGUUUGUUUGAUGCAUCAGUGCUUUUUCUCAGCCCUAGUUGCUAUUAUUUUUGUGCAAAGUUGUGUUAUGUGUACCUCUUUUAUAUACUUAAUUGUUAAAACUAUCAUUUAUAACAAUUUAUUAAAUAAUUUUGGGUGAAUAAAACCCACA